AUGGCCUCUCGACUCAACGAGAAGCUUGAAAGAGAAGGAUUGGGGAGACCCCAUUUAGGCCAGGACAAAUUUCGAUUUGCUAGGGACUCCUCCAACCUUCAGUGCAACUCACAGAGCAGCUUUGUUUAUUAUAUUGAAGAUGAUGAUGAUGAUCUAGAAGAACUGAAGUGGGGAGAAAAAGAAGAAAGACGUUUGGAUGGAUGGAAAAGGCAAUUCAUUGUCGCUCAACAUGAUCGUGGUCUCUUUGAGGAGAAACAAGACACACGCUUGCUUUCUCCAUCUUUUUUUGGAAAUACUUGCAAUAAUUUGCUGCACAUCAAUGUGGGUGGAACAAGUUAUUAUUUAUCCUACUUGGUAGCAGCUAGUUAUCCCAAGACUCGAAUAGGUCGAUUGGCAACAUAUACUGACCGACAGCGUAAACUAGACCUUUGUGAUGAUUACAGUCCACUGGAAGAUGUCUAUUUCUUUGAUCGUGAUCCAGCUAUGUUCCACCAUAUCUAUAACUUCUAUCGUACUGGAGUGUUGUGGGUAAGGAAUGAGUUGUGUCCUCGCAGCUUCCUAGAGGAAAUAAACUACUGGGGUGUAAGAGUCAAACACACUCCUCGCUGCUGUCGCAUAUCAUUUGAAGAGAGGCAAGAUGAGUUGAGUGAGCAGCUAAAGAUCCAGAGGGAGCUCAAAGCUGAAAUGGAGACAGAGGAGAAUGAAGAGCUCUUCAGAGGGAUGCUUUGUGGAUAUCUGAGGCGUUGUAUUUGGAAUUUAAUGGAAAAGCCAUUCUCAUCAAUUACAGCCAAGGCCAUGGCAGUAGCAUCUAGUUUCUUUGUUCUUAUAUCAGUUGUUGCUAUGACACUUAACACAGUUGAAGACAUGCAGCAAAAAAAUGCAGCUGGGCUUCCAAGUGGUAAACCUUACUUGGAGCAUGUGGAGACCCUGUGUAUUGCAUUCUUUACUUUGGAGUACAUACUUCGUAUAAUUUCAACCCCAGAUAUACAACAUUUUGUGCGCAGUGUUCUUAAUGCUGUAGACCUGAUUGCAAUAUUGCCACUGUAUUUGCAAAUGCUCCUUGAGAAAUUUUCUGAAGAAGAUCAAAAUGGGAAUAGGUCCAAUCAUGAACAUGAGAUAGAGGCUGUUGCACGUGUGGGAAAACUCGGUCAAGUACUUAGGAUAAUGAGACUGAUGCGCAUAUUCCGCAUCCUGAAGUUGGCACGUCAUUCCACAGGUCUGAGAGCCUUUGGUUUCACUCUCCGCCAGUGCUACCAACAAGUGGGAUGUCUACUCCUCUUCAUUGCCAUGGGGAUUUUCUCUUUUUCUGCCAUGGUCUACACUGUUGAACAUGAUGUCUCAGGCACUAACUUUACCAGUAUUCCUCACGCCUGGUGGUGGGCAGCAGUGAGCAUCUCUACCGUAGGAUAUGGAGACACUUAUCCAGAAACCCACCUUGGCCGACUUUUUGCAUUCCUGUGCAUCGCUUUUGGAAUCAUUCUAAAUGGAAUGCCUAUUUCUAUUCUGUAUAAUAAAUUCUCAGAUUAUUACAGCAAAUUGAAGUCAUAUGAAUACACAACUAUUCGAAAGAAAAGAGGAAAAGUCAACUUUACAGGUCGAGCCAUGGAGAAGAUUUCUGAAUUUUAUUAUGGAGUUCCAACGCAACGUCUUCUAGAAGACCACUACCAAUAA